AUGGCCAAGAACCGCACCCUCGACGAGCUCCUCCGCGCGUGUACGGGCUUUGAGCCCCCGGCACCGGUACCGCGGGUCAGUGGAUUCUAUCCGCUCAGGAUUUGCGCGGACUGUGAGCAGCUUCUGCUAGCUGCUUACGAGUUUCGCAUUAAAAGCAUAAAAUCGGAAAAGGUGCUGCAGAACAUUUUAUCGUUCUUCGAUGAUGACAAUGUGGAUGUGGAUGACCAGGAUCUGCGGUACAAACGGCCUGAUCCUGUUGAGAUUGAACCAGAAUCGGUUGAGAACAGCAUCAAAGAGCUCGCAGAGGACAUGGUUGGGAUAGUUGAUCGUGAAGAAGAUGUGCGGCAGGAUGCAUCAAGACCGGACGUGGCUUUUAAAGCGCAAUUGGAUGAUAGUGUAUCUACUACGAUUGAUACCGCCAACACAGACACGAGACAGGUCCCCGAUGCAGGCGAACGGAAUGGAGAUGGUGAGGAAGGUUUUAAUAAUAUUACGGACUAUUACAUGUGUGAGCAGGAUACGGAAAAUUUACAAGAAUAUGCUAAUGAUAAUGAGGAGGAGGACAUAGAGCAGGAGAAUACACACAAGGAUGCAUCGUCUGAGGGAGAGGCUACCGAGGAGGAGAAUGCAGAGAGCGAGUAUAGUGAAACGCCCAACGACAUUGACCCUCAGGAGGCCAAAGUGUACAAAUUGAACCCGUUCGUAUGCGAACGUUGUGGGGCUCGAUUUACGCUGUCGGAGAAUUUGACCAAACACAAGCGCAUCCACGACGAUGAUCGACGGUACGAGUGCGAACAUUGUGGGGAACGAUUCCUGCACUGGACCGGUCGGCGGUAUCAUAUCGCACGGGUGCACACCAACGAGAAGCGGUACACGUGCGAGCAUUGUGGGAAACGGUUUCGCCAAUCGUCGCACUACACCAUUCACGCACGGGGUCACACCGGCCAUCUACCGUACGUGUGCAAUCAAUGCAAACGUGGUUUCAAGACGGCCGAAUCUCUGAAGCUACAUCAGAAAGUGCACACGAUUCGAAAAGACUAUCGGUGCGAGCAGUGCCAUAAGCUAUACAAAACGCCCAAAUCCCUGUUCGUACACCAGAAAACGCAUCGCAAUCAAAAGGACUACGUAUGUCAGGUGUGCCAGCGAGCAUUCACGCAGAAUCAUGUUCUCCGGAACCACUACAUGAAGCAGCAUCCCGGGUACGAGGUACCACCGGCCGGUACGAUCGUGAAUGCAACGGCCAUCCGGCGUCGGGAACGGGCAAACGGCCAACAGAGCGUGGUUGAUUUUGAAAUUUAGAACAAGUAG